AUAGUUUGAUAAUAAAAUUCCAACUCUGAUAAAAUUGAUUUUUGAAUAGUCGACUUUUAGUAAUAACAGCAGUUUAAAAAUCUCCAGUGCUUCUAAAACCUCGUGUAGCCGUCUCAGCUGGUUCAUUUAUUUAAUUGUUGACAUUUAUAUACAAGAAUUGUCAAAAACUACGAGAAAAUAAAUUUUUGUCAAUCACCUUCUUAAAUUCGACUUAUUAAACAACACAAAACAGCUGUCAUUACAAAAACAAAUAUUAAAAUCGCAAAAUGUCACAAAUUAGACGUGAGGUAAUAAAUGCAUUUAAAAAAUUACAUCGCACCAGGCAAUUCAUAUUUGCCGGAGAUGACAGAGCUUUGGAAGCUGGUCGUAAAGAGAUAAACGACAGAUUCAAGAAGAAUAUGACGGAAACUAAUGUGGAUAAUGUGAAAAAGAUGUUACAAUUAGCCUUAGAUGUGGACAAAGAGUUACGCACAAAUGUCAUACAGGCCAAACAGAAAGAGGAAGGUGUUUAUGAGUUGCGUAUUACUCCAGAAACAACACGAUUGGAAAAUUUCCCUUUCAAUCCUGAUAUUGAAAUACCGCCAAGACGUAAAGCCAAAUCUGGUUCUGGUGACGGUGGAUGUUGUGGUGGUGCUGCACCGACUAAAAAAUAGUUUUAAUAAUUUAUUAGACCUUGGGUAUUGUUAUUAAAAGAAUUUAAUUUUCUUAAAAAAUAUAUUUUUUCUGGUUUA